AGGAACUCUAUCGUUCACUUUAUGUGCAAAAACCAACGGAACAACAUUCGUGUAUUUAUUUAUUUAUUUAAUUUAUUGCAGCUUUUCAGGAAGCAACCAAUAGUUGAUAUUUAAACAUUUGAUGAUAGUUUGAAAGACAUACAAAUAUGCCACGUUCAUUUCUGGUCAAGAAGUAUUCUUCAAACAAGAAGCCUAACUACAGUGAACUGGAAAGUCAAACUGAUAACACAUGCUAUGCUGUUGUCCCACAAUGCUUUUCUCUGGAAGACUUCCCCAUCUCUCUGGUGCCCACCCACCCUUCCAUUCUUAUGUGGACCACCAGUGCCUUACCUCUCACUUUAACCCCAGCAUCACCCAGCAUUCCUUCUCAACCUGGGCCUCUGGAUCUGAGCUCCCAAUCCAGCUCCAGCAGCGGAGAGGAGGAUGAUUGCGGUACAUCUGAUCCACCAAGCCCAGAUCCCAGAGAUCGGUUCCAGUGUGCCCACUGCGGCAAGACCUGCAACAGUCCUAUAUCGCUUUCUCACCAUCAGCUAACGCACUGUAUCGCCCGCCCAGAAGCUGUCAUUACCAUCACGGAAACAUCAAAUGCCAUGACCAGAGCAGCGUUUCACUGCAAGCACUGUCCCAAAGAAUACAACAGUCUUGGGGCCCUCAAAAUGCACAUCCGCUCACAUACACUGCCUUGUGUGUGCACCACAUGUGGAAAGGCAUUCUCCAGACCUUGGUUGCUGAGGGGACAUAUACGUACACAUACUGGUGAACGUCCCUUCUCAUGCCCCCACUGUAAUCGUGCAUUUGCGGACCGCUCAAAUCUACGAGCUCAUUUACAGACACACUCUGAAGUAAAGAAGUACCAGUGUGGAACAUGCUCUCGUACCUUCAGCCGCAUGUCCCUCCUUCACAAACACACCCUCUCUGCAUGCUUUCCAUCUGCCUAAAGGAGAAAACAGUUGCUUUCAUCUGCAAGCAUCAAGCUGGGAUGGGUUUAAACCAAACACAAAUGU